AUGGGUGCUGACACCCCAACCGAGCAGGAUUUACUGCUGCCCGGGGAUAUCGAGCAGCGGUCGUCUGUGGCUCAUAACUCGAGGACGGGGAGCUUCAACGAUACGGAACACGGCAAGGAGGUGGUGGUGCUGGGAGAUGAGCCGCGCCGGAGAUCCAUCUUCAACGAUGUUGGGGCUAUAGUACUUGGAACAUGCAUUAUGCUCAGCUUGGCUACGAUACUCUUCUUGCCUUCGGGGAGUAGAGAAGAUCCAAGAUCACCGGUGCCCACGACGAUCAGCCAGAGAGUCGACCGGAUACUGGAGGAGACGCCACUCAUUGAUGGCCACAAUGAUCUUGCGAUCCUGAUCCGAUUCUUACACAAGAACAAGAUCUACGACUCCAACUUCACGAAGCCCUUCGUGGAGGGUGGCAUGUACGGCCAUGUUGACCUUCCUCGGCUAAAGGAAGGUAAGAAUGGAGGGGCUUUUUGGAGUGCAUAUGCUCCAUGCCCGAAGAACGGGACGGACUUUUCUGAUGAGAACUAUGCGGAGACUGUCGCCUUCACGUACUCACAAAUCGACGUCCUUACCCGUCUUCGAGGCGCCUACCCCGACGUCUUCUCGCCACCACCCAACAGCAGCACCGCUCUCUCAGCCUUCAAGUCCCAUCAACUCAUCUCCCCUCUCGCCAUCGAAGGCCUCCACCAAAUCGGCAACUCGCUUUCCAAUCUGCGCAACUACUACGCCUUGGGCGCCCGCUACGCAACACUAACCCAUAACUGCCACAACAUGUACGCGGACGCCGCCCUGCUCGAAACACCCACCGGCGUCAUCCCCUCCACACCCCUCCACCACGGCGUCUCGCCCGCCGGCCGCCUCCUAAUCCAUGAGAUGAACCGCCUGGGCAUGAUCAUCGACCUCUCGCACGUCUCCCCGGACACCAUGCGCGACGUCCUCGGCGGCUCCUCCCCCUCCGCGUCGACCUGGCCCGGCAGCUCCGCGCCCGUCAUCUUCUCGCACUCCUCCGCCCAUGCACUCUGCCCCCACCCCCGCAACGUGCCGGACUCGAUCCUCCACCUCGUCCAGCAGCGCAACUCCCUCGUCAUGGUGAACUUCUCCCCCGACUUUGUCUCCUGCGUGGCCAACCCAUCCGACCCGACCGGCCUGCCGUCCUUCUACGCACCGAACUCCACGCUGGCCCACGUCGUGUCGCACAUCAUGCACAUCGGCGACCUGAUCGGCUACGAGCACGUCGGGCUGGGCAGCGAUUUCGACGGCAUCCUGAACACGCCGCGGGGCCUGGAGGACGUGAGUAAGUACCCGGAUCUGCUGGCGGAGAUGCUGAGGCGCGGCGUGAGCGAUACCGAUGCGGCCAUGGUGGUCGGAGGGAACGUGUUGCGGCUUUGGGCCGAGGUGGAUCGGGUUGCGCUGGAGAUGCAGAGGGCCGGUGUGAAGCCGGUUGAAGAUGAGUUGCCAGCCUUGCAUCUUGUAUCAGCUACCGGAUCUGAGUGA